AUCCGCUCGUUGCAUUAUAAAAACCCCUAGAUAUCUCUUCUUUCCAGUUGAACCUCAAUUAUUCAAUAAAGGAGAGAGUAAUUUUGGUGGUAAAUCAGAAACUUGCUCUUUAUUCAAUACACAAUGUAUUUUGUGUUCGAAAUUUAAAAUUUUGACGUGACAAUUAUUUUCUCCUUUUUUUGAUCCAUUUCUACUAUCUUGAGUUAAGAUCCAUCACUCAUUUCAGUAGUCACCACUUCACUCCCCAAAAAAAAAACAUUAAAAGAAAAAUAUAUUUCUAUUUUUUUUUUUGUGUAUAUUAAAAUUUAAAAGUGUCUCUAUGUAAGCCAACAUGUAUAUAUGUUGCAUGGUGGAAGAACAAAACUUGCUAUAACCUAGCAUCCAGUCCUCUUCCUUGAUUCUCCAUCUUUUUGAGUGCUGCAAAAUUUACCAAACAAAAAAACAAGCAAAGGCAAAGGCAAAGGAGCAGAGUAGUACACAAAAGGGAAAAAAAAAAAAAAAAAAGAUGGAGUUAUGCGUGGAAACCAAAAAGUGGGCAACAAUGGCAGAGGUAAUUGAAGAAUUGAAGAAGCUGAUGGGCAUAAGUUUUCCGAUCAUGGCCAUCGGCUUAGUAAUCUACCUUAAAAACAUGCUUUCGGUAAUGUGCAUGGGAAGGCUAGGGAGCUUGGAGCUUGCUGGUGGAGCAUUAGCAAUUGGCUUCACUAACAUCACUGGUUACUCUGUUUUAUCAGGUUUGGCAAUGGGAAUGGAGCCUUUAUGUAGCCAAGCUUUCGGGUCGAAAAACAUGGGAAUUCCAACUCUAAUUCUCAGAAGAACAAUCCUAAUGCUGCUUCUUGCAUCUUUCCCAAUUGGGUUGUUAUGGAUCCAUCUGAAACCUAUGAUGUUAUGCCUUCACCAGGAUCCAAAAGUAGUUGAAAUUGCCAGCCUUUAUUGCCAAUUUGCAAUUCCUGAUCUUAUUGCAAACAGCUUGCUUCAUCCAAUACGUAUUUAUCUACGUAGUAAAGGUACAACAUGGCCAUUAUUAUGGUGCUUUUCACUUGCUUCACUUCUUCACUUACCAAUCACUAUCUUUUUAACCUUUCACCUUCAAUUGGGCAUUCCAGGAAUUGCGAUCUCCACAUUUUUAUCCAAUUUUAACACCUUAUUCUUUUUAAUAAUUUACCUACUCUAUUCCGAAGGCACCGAAAACUCAAGUGAAAUUCAACCCUUGUCUAAACCCUUAGCUCCAAAAACAUCAAAUUCUUCAACCUCUUCAUUAGGUGAAGAUUGGGGGGUGUUACUUAGAUUGUCUAUACCAAGUUGCUUGGCAGUAUGUUUGGAAUGGUGGUGGUAUGAAAUAAUGACAAUUUUAGCUGGCUACCUACAAAAUCCCCAUAUUGCCCUUGCAACAUCAGCUAUAGUUAUACAAACAACUUCUCUAAUGUACACAUUGCCUUCAGCAUUGAGUGCAUCAAUUUCAGCUAGAGUUGGAAAUGAGAUUGGAGCAGGAAGACCGUAUAAGGCCCGAUUGGCGACAUUUGUCGCAAUCGGAUUGGCGUUUUUUAUCUCCAUUUUUGGCUUAUUGUUGACUACAAUUGGGAGAGAAAUAUGGGGGAAAAUCUUCACUCAGGACAGAGAAGUCCUAGAGUUGACUUUGGCUGUCUUACCUAUAAUUGGGCUUUGUGAGAUUGCAAACUGUCCACAAACAACGUGUUGUGGGGUGCUUAGAGGGACGGCCCGACCCAGUACCGCUGCAUGCAUCAACUUCUAUUCUUUUUACUUGAUGGGUACACCAGUGGCAAUUGGACUGGCUUUUGUUUUGGGACAAGGAUUUUUGGGUCUUUGCUAUGGGCUUUUGGCAGCUCAGGUGGCCUGCAUGGUGUCCAUCUUGAUAGUGAUAAGCAAGACAGAUUGGGAAAGGGAGUCACUAAAAGCAAAAGACUUGGUUGGAGAAAGUUGCAAUUUGUUGUAUGAGGAAGAUAUUGUCAAAUGUGAGGAAGGAAAGGGAACCACUCUCAAAGAUAGUUGCUUUUAGACUCUAAUGGGAAUCAAAAGAUGGCACUAACAGGGUAGAAAGAGUUUAUCAGUCUCUUAGUUUUGCAACUUUGUAAAAUAAGCAUUAGUUUAUCAAUUUUUAACGGAUUUAACCAACUUAUGGUUAAAACAAAACGGUAGCCAAAAUAGUAUAGAGUCGUGAUCUUGAAAUCUCCAAAAAGACGUUGACUCCAUAUUGGUCUAUUUUAAAAGGAACUGUCUCACCGGUCAACAUAAAACAAGAUCGCGGACUAAUUUUGAGUGUUAAAUCACAGUUGAUAGACUAUUUUAGACAAUUUUCCUUGUCUCGGUUGAGGUACUUCUCCCAUUUGCA